AUGUCCUUGCAGUGCGCAGUCGCUCUGACAUAUUUGGGAGUUGUGGCUGCGGCGCCCUACAGUGUGGCCACUCGGUACUUUUUCCCGGUCCUUUUCGCCACGAGGAUCCUGCUUUUCGCACCGUAUCAGGCUCUGGGUCCUGUGCGACGAGAAUACCACUCAGAGCAAGUCCAGCUUGGACAGUCGGGAAGUUUGAUGAAGGAAUACAGUUGGUUCUUUGCCCUGGUCCUUGUUGGUGGCGUCUUGACGCAACUAGCCCAGACUGCGAGAACAAGCAGCCUCGCGAGUACUUUGGCGGCGUUGAACUGCAACCCAGCAGUCAGCGCACUUGGAUACGAUGUUUUUAUAGGAAUGGCCAGCUUAGCAUGCUUCCUCCUCAAUGACGGCGACAGCUCUUCAGUGGGUGAGGUAUCCCUGACUGGCAACGGGAACGCCCCAGAAGCCAGAAGCAAUUGGCAGACUCUCCUGGUCAUCCAGCCAGGUUCCAAGUUUCGACAGCAUAUCGUGCCUGCAGCCCACGGCUAUGCCUUUGAAAUCAAAGCGUCCUCCCAUUUCCGAAUCGUUGAUCUCCAUGGACAGCAAGUCGUCGAUUUCAUGGCCUGGGCUUUGCCGUAUGUGCCCAACACCGGUGGUGAACACUUUUCCGCAAGCUACACACGAUACGCAUUGGGGGGACUCGCUCCGCCGAAGGUUGGUGAGAGUUUGUACACGAACCGAGAUCGCCGCAUGUUCACGCUAGUGGCCGAUACUGUGAAGACACAUGAUCUGCUCUUCAUGGCGUGUAAUCCUGGCUUCUAUGCUCGCGAUGGAGAACCAUGUCAUAGGUCCUGCGCCACCAAUGUGGCAGAAGCUAUGGCGCCUUGGGGUAUGAAGCACUGGAGCGAGGUGAUUGAUCCCUUCAACGUCUUCCAAAACACCCCGUACUACACCUUGAAGGCGCUCAAUUGCUCCAAGCCAGGGGACUAUGUGGAAAUGAAGGCGAAAAUGGAUGCGGUCUGUGCCGUUUCGAGUUGUCCCUUUGAGCGUGAUGGCUUCAAUGGCGGGAAGGCAACUGAAGUUGCUCUUGUGAUGGAGAUAGUUGAUGAUGAAGCGACUGGAGAUCCGUAG